GAAAGGCCGAGCGGUUCCGGAAGUAGCCGAGCCCUUCCGGAAAGCCCCGGAGCUGUCCGAGUCGGCGGCGUAGGUAGAAGCCGCUGUGCGGGAGCCAUCAUGGCGGAUCAGGCAGCGCAGCUGCGGGCCGACGGGAUCGCGAAGCGGCUGGUGCAGGAGGGCCGGGGUCCAAUGCCCGACUACUGCGACGGCACCAAGGCCACUUUCCACUACCGCACCAUGCUGUCCCACGGGGAGCACCGCGUGCUGGACGACAGCCGUGCCCGCGGGAAGCCCAUGGAGCUCAUUAUUGGCAAGAAAUUCAAGCUGCCAGUGUGGGAGACCAUCCUGAGCACCAUGCGGGACGGGGAGCAGGCUGAGUUCCUGUGUGACACCAAGCACGUGGUGCUGUACCCGCUGGUGGCGAAGAGCCUGCGGAACAUCGCGGCGGGGAAGGACCCCCUGGAGGGACAGCGGCACUGCUGUGGCAUCGCCCAGAUGCAUGAGCACCACUCUCUGGGCUACCCCGACCUGGAUGACCUGCAGCAGAACCCCCAGCCCCUGAUCUUUGCCAUCGACAUGCUGAAGGUGGAGGCGCCCGGCUCGUACCGGCAGGACCCGUGGGCCAUGACGGACGAGGAGAAGAUGCAGGCUGUUCCGCUGAUCCACGAGGAGGGCAACGAGCUCUAUCGCCAGGGCAAGGUUACCGAGGCAGCCGCCAAGUACUACGAUGCCAUCGCCUGCCUGAAGAACCUGCAGAUGAAGGAGCAGCCGGGCUCCCCAGACUGGAUCCAGCUGGACCAGAAGAUCACCCCCUUGCUGCUGAACUACUGCCAGUGCAAGCUGCUGUGCCACGAAUACUACGAGGUGCUGGACCACUGCUCCUCCAUCCUCAAUAAGUAUGAAGACAACGUCAAGGCCUAUUUCAAGCGGGGGAAGGCGCAUGCCGCCGUGUGGAAUACGGCCGAGGCCCAGGCCGACUUCGCCAAGGUGCUGGCACUGGACCCGUCGCUGGGCCCCGUGGUGGCCAAGGAGCUGCGCAGCCUGGAGACGCGCCUGCGCCAGAAGGACAGUGAGGACAAGAUCCGCUUUAAGGGCAUCUUCUCCCAGUAGCGGCUGUGCCAGGCCCGGGGAGCAGCAGGGUGCUGCCAGAGGGGGCUGUGCCAACCGCCCCAGGGCCUGGGCUGGAGUGAGCUGGCAGCGCCCGUCUGUCUGUCCGUCUGUGCUUGGCGCCCCCGUGCUCCUCGUCCUCGCUUCCCAUGCUCUGUAGCCAAUAAACUGAUAUUUAUCCAUGGGCUCUGCCCUCCCCGCCUGAGCCAGGCCAAGGAGCCCAGAGCCGCUGCCAUGCCCCCCUCCACUGCUUCCACAUUAGUGCUGCCCUGGGCACCCUGCAGCCCCUGUUACAUGGGUGUGUGAGCUGGGUUUGGUGCCUUGUAGCUGGUUUAUUUGCAGGUCGCUGCUGAUCUCCCAUGGGGUUAUCCCCACUCUCCUAACGCCUGGCACUGCCCCCAGACUGUGGCUGCAGCGCUGUCGCCCGCCUGGGCACUUGGCGCCGAGUUGAGCCCUUCACAGCACAAGAGGGGGGGGCCUGGGCCUUGGGAACCCCACCCUCUAAUUGUGCUGACUUAGGGGGAGGGGACUGGCCCUAAGCUCUGGCCCCAGGCCGCCCUGGCUGGGGACAAGUGACGGGAGAGGUUCCUUCUCCUCUUGCUACCUGUGUGAGGUGGGGGCAGCUCCUGAGGCAGGGCCUGUGGGUGGGGGCAGCUCCCCCCGUUGGGCUGCAGAGAGGGAGGGGCAGGGGGAGCGGGGCUGCCUGUUACCAACUGAUGUGUCCAAGUCUCUAAAAUCCACCUGCAACCUGCGAGCG